GCGCACGCAAGCAGCGAUGCUCGUUUACGCUUCGCUCGAGUGUUGGCGCGUCAAGGCCGAGGCGGCGCCCAAGUACGAGGAGCGCUUCACCGACUUCUGCGCCGCCCACGACCCGUACAUCAAGAUGUUUAUGGAGUGGAUCGUCGAUGGCAGCGACGACCGCAAGCAUGGCAGCGUUUCCGAGCAAGAGCUUGCCAUGGUGCUCGUCAAGAUGAUCUCCGACUACUUGCCGUCCGACGUGCGCGAGCGGAAAAAGACGUUGCGGCGACUGCGGGAUUUCAAAGACAUCCCCAACCUUAAGACACAGCUGCGCGAGGUCAAGCAGACAAUACAAGAGCUUGAAGAUCCGGCGAUUCAAGUCGACGAGAUCCUCGAGCAUGUUCGCAUACGCCGCAUCACGACGUCGCAUGGCGAGGAGCGGUAUCGCUGCAAGUACGUCAACGGCGAAGUGUUUUGCGCAAUGCGCUCCGAGCUCGAGUGUGCCAAGUUUGUCCGCGCCAAGUGCAUUGAAGAUCGCGUCAGCUGGCGGGACGUGCUCGCUCUCAAAAAGUCCUAA